AAAGUAUCAGUGCUUUAUUUACUGUAGAUAACAUUUAAUUUGAAUUAAAUUUAUAAAUAAAGUUGAAAAUUUCAUAUGAUUUUAUUAUGUAGAUAACAUUUUAAUAAUAUUACCUGCCAGUGUAAAAACCAGUAAGUGGUGCUGAUAUAUACAUUAUACAUAUAUAGCAAAAAUGCGGUUUUGAAGUUUUAAAAUUCAUUUAUUUAAUUCAGUAAUAGGUAGUAAUACUGUUAGUAAUUAAAUGCACGCGCAGUAUAUACUUACAUAUAUUUUGUUGCAAUUGUGUACCAAGUAUUUAAACUGCAUUAAACAAUGGAUUCAUCGAAAAAACAUGUCAAGCCUUCGCCUGAGGAACACGCUAAUAUAUUUUCGAAAGUUUUUUAUUGGUGGUUUCUACCAUUUUUUCAUUUUGGAUACAAAAACGACGUGCAACUUAAAGACAUCUAUAACGCUUCCAAAAGUGACCUCUCACAAAUAUGGGGGCGACAAGUUACAAAAAAAUUGGGAACUAGAAUUGUUGAAAAAGAAUCCCAGCUUGAAAAGGGCCCUAUCUAACACGUUCUUGAAAUGGUAUUUUUUCGCUAAUAUAGGACUGUUUAUUCAGUUUAAUUUUUUGAAGAUGGUUCUCCCCAUGGUAUUAGCCCGAUAUAUCAAUUAUUUUAAUAAUAAGAGAAGUGAACAGGUUGGAUGGAUGUGGGCAAGUGCUGUUGUUUUACAGGUCUUUAUUAUGGUGAUCCUUAAUCAUAGUUCGAUUUUAUAUUCUCAGAGGAUCUGCAUGAGAGCUCGAAUAGCAGUGUGUUCUCUAGUUUACAGAAAACUGUUGAAACUGAACCACUCUUCUCUAGGGCAAACAGCUGCCGGUAAAUUAGUAAAUUUACUAUCCAAUGAUGUCCAGCGAUUCGAUAUGGCGUCUUACUUUUUACAUUUUAUCUGGAUUAUGCCCUUCAAUGCUGUUAUUUCGUUUUACAUAAUAUACUAUAAUGUCGGGAUUUCUGCUUCUGCAGCUGGAAUGGCCAUUGUGUUAGUAUCCAUAUUAAUUCAAAUUUAUAUGACCACGAUGCAAGGAAAGUUGCGAUACCAAAUUGCAAUUAGAACAGACAAACGAGUAAAACUAAUGAAUGAAGUAACCUCGGGUAUUCAAGUCAUAAAAAUGUACGCUUGGGAGAAGCCUUUUGAAAAGAUGGUCAAGUUGUGUAGAAGUUCAGAAGUGAGUUUUAUUACAAAAACUUCUUUUGUAAAUGGUGUUCUUUCGGCUAUGGGUGUGUUUAUGGAGAGGUUAAGUCUUUAUGUAACCAUAGUAACAUUUGCAUUAACUGGGAAUCCAAUAACUGGGGAUAUUGUAUUUUCCAUGGCUCAACUGUUUAAUACAGUCAUAUAUACAAUGUGUAUUUGCUUUCCGAGGGGAUUAACAUUUUAUAAUGAAGCUAAAGUAUCGAUAGGAAGGAUAGAACAAUUUCUGAUUCUCGAUGAAAUCGAUCGUAAAAGUAUAACCAACCAACCCACAAAUUCACAAGAAUCUAACGGCAAACAAAUUACAAGUUUAGAAGAAACUAAUUACGAAAAAGGAGAAGCUGGAGACAUCGAUUUAGAUAACGUAGCAGCAAGUUGGAUGCCGAAUUCGACCAUACCAACUUUAGUAAAUGUCGACUUACAUGUCAAAUCAGGCACAUUAUGUUGCGUGGUUGGUAACGUGGGAGCUGGAAAGAGUAGCCUUUUGCAGUUGUUACUCAAAGAAUUACCGAUAACGUCUGGAAAAAUGAACGUGAAUGGAGCGAUCGCUUACGCGUCCCAAGAACCGUGGUUGUUCGUGUCCAAUGUGAGAGAUAAUAUUCUGUUUGGGAAGCCUUAUGAUCGGCGCAAAUAUCGCGAAGUCGUUAAGGUUUGUUCUUUAGAAACAGAUUUCAAACAAUUUCCGUUUGGCGACAAAUCGUUUGUUGGUGAAAGAGGAACAUCUCUAAGUGGGGGACAAAGGGCAAGAGUGAAUUUGGCUAGAGCCGUUUAUAGCGAAGCUGAUAUUUAUCUAUUGGACGAUCCGCUGUCCGCUGUAGAUACCAAAGUCGCUAAGCAUUUGUUUGAUGUAUGCAUAAAGGACUAUUUGAGCGGUAAAACGAGGAUUUUGGUCAGUCACCAGUUGCAGUUCUUAAAUGGAGCUGAUCUUAUUGUAAUAAUUAAUAAUGGAAAGAUCGUUAGAGUCUGUACUCAUAGUGACUUGACAGAAAACGAUCUGAAAUUCAUUCAACGACAAGAAGUAAAAGAAGUUAGAGAAGUUAAAGAAGGAAAACAUGAAAAAACUGAGGAAAUACCGGCUAGUAAAGAUAAUAUUUUCCAAUCGGUGAACUCUCUUGCAUCCAUAGCUGCAGAUGAGCCAGAAGAAACCGAUGAAUUAAUAGAAAAGGGCAACAUUUCUUCUGAUACAUAUGUCGGUUAUUGGAGAGCCGCUGGUAACAUUUUAGUAGUACUAUUGUCUUUUUCUUUGUUUAUUGUAGCUCAAGUAGUUACAAACUCUGCAGAUCUGUGGAUGACUCAUUGGGUUAAUGAUGAAGAAAAACGAUUCCAAUCAAAUAACAACGGGACGGACAGUCCAACGUCGUCUUCAAUACUACCAAAAAAUGCUUUGGACACUUUGUUACCAUCCAAUCUAUCUCUAUCAGCAACAACGGCUUCAUCAUUACCUGAAGUAUCUAUUACAAUCGUUACAAUGGAUUUAAUUAAUAGCGCCAUUAAUUCCACUAUGUUUCUGGAAUCGACAGACACCACAAAUUCCACAUUGAUAUACGAAAUAAAGCCGAGAGAAUAUUACAUUUGGAUCUAUACAAUACUUAUCGGCAGUUCGGUAAUUAUAUUGACGAUUAGGUCGUUUUUGUUUUACCACAUCUGUAUGACAGCUUCAAAGGUUUUGCAUAGCCAAAUAUUCAACAACGUUCUUCAAGCUCCUAUGAGAUUCUUCGAUACUAAUCCUUCAGGUCGAAUAUUAAACAGGUUCUCAAAAGAUAUGGGAGCUAUAGAUGAAAUAUUACCACGUGCUCAAUUCGAUACUCUUCAAAUUUUCCUUGUUUUGUUUGGUAUAUUAACCAUGGUCUUCAUAGUUACCCCUUGGAUGAUGGUUCCAACAAUUGUACUAGGUACCAUCUUUUACUGGUUUAGAGUCGUAUAUUUGAAAUGUGCUCAAGCCAUUAAGAGAUUGGAAGGAACAAGUAAAGCUCCAAUGUUUUCCUACGUUUCCGCCACUUUGUAUGGUAUGCCAACUAUAAGAUCUGCAAAUGCAGAACAAAUGCUUGUUAAAGAAUUCGAUGCUCUGCAAGAUCAACAUACGAGCACGUGGUUUUUGUUCAUUGCCAGCAGUACUGCGUUUGGUUUCUAUCUUGAUGUAAUCAGUACAACGUUUCUGGCAUUUGUUACUUAUCAGUUCCUCAUAUUUGAAGAUGAAAACACCCUUAGCGGCAACGUAGGAUUGGUAAUUUCUCAAAGUCUCAUUUUAACUGGUAUGUUGCAACACGGAGUUAGACAGAGCACGGAAGUUGCCAGCAACAUGGUCAGUGUGGAAAGAGUGGUACAGUACACGAAAUUAGAAAAAGAGCACCCGUUAGAAACUAUAGGACAGAAACCUCCGCGAGAUUGGCCAAGCAGAGGGAAAAUCCAAUUCAAAAACACUUAUCUCAGUUAUGCUCUAGAAUUAUCUCCAGUAUUAAAGAACGUAAAUAUUGAAAUUGAUUCUGGAGAAAAGAUUGGCGUAGUUGGAAGGACAGGCGCUGGAAAAUCAACGCUGAUCGCUUCGUUGUUCAGACUGGCACCAAUAGAUGGUACUAUCACCAUUGACGAUUUCGAUACUGCGCAACUGGGUUUGCGCGAUUUAAGAUCGAAUAUUUCGAUUAUACCCCAGGAACCAGUUUUAUUUUCAGCUUCGUUGCGAUACAAUUUAGAUCCGUUUGAGAAGCACAAUGAUAGCGUAUUAUGGGAGGCGUUGGAACACGUUGAACUUAAAGACACGCUUCCCGAUCUCAACAUGACAAUCAACGAAGGAGGCUCCAAUUUGAGCGCGGGACAGAGGCAGUUGAUCUGUCUUGCGAGAGCUAUAGUGAGAAACAAAAAGAUUUUGGUCAUGGAUGAAGCUACUGCUAAUGUGGAUCCACAGACGGACUCCCUAAUCCAAAAAACAAUUCGCGAGAGAUUCAAAGACUGCACCGUACUGACCGUUGCUCAUCGACUCAACACCAUUAUGGAUAAUGAUAGAGUUUUAGUUAUGGACGCCGGUCAAGUUAUGGAAUUCGAUCAUCCCCAUAACUUAUUACAAAAUUCCGAAAGUUUCUUAUCCAAGAUGGUCAACGAAACUGGAUCGGAUAUGGCGAACAGAUUAAAACGUGUUGCUAAAAACGCUUUCAUUCACAAGAAUAACGCCCCCUCUGAAAAUAGUACUUUAGAACAUAGCGAUUAAUAUUAUUAAAGAGAAAAUUAAAACUCUAAAUCGACCGGUUUCGGCUAUAAUAUAGCCAUUUUUCAGCCUAUUGGUAAUACGAGUCCAAACAACAUGUUUUUAAAUAUCUGUUUAAGGUGAUUACAGACCCCUUAUAAUUUUCGGAUAAGGAUAUUUCAAAAAGUAAUUUUGUUAAGAAAUUUAAAUUUUGGCAAAAUAAAUUAGGUACUGUUAUCUAGAUAUGCAUAUAUUUUAAUGUUUUAAAUACUUUCAGUAUCCGAGAAAAAAAAUCACAGAACAAUAAGUUUUGAAAUAUCAUAAUGUCAUAAAUUUAUAACGUCGUAGAAUUUAAGAAAAAAACUUAUAGACAGGAUGUCAUUUAAAAACAUCGACAUUUAAGCUGUCCCGAUGUACCGGAACAUCGUGUAUAUUUCACAGUAUUUUAAAAAUAAGCAAAUAAGUAAACCUUAUAACUUUCUCGCAGUAAUAUGUUAAGUUUAAUUUAACGUACAUACAUACGUAAUGAUAUUUUAAGUUAAUUUUUGUUAUA